UUUUUUCUGCCAGGCCAACUGACGCCGGAUUCAUCCGUUGACUCAUCCGCAUACCCACUAUCGUGCCCCGCCUCCAGACGUUCCUCCCUCCAUCUCAGUCCCUUGUCGCAGAUUCAAGGAGUUCUAGCGAUCGAAGUAUUCAAUCGCUUUUAGAUCUUCAGAUAUCACAAAAUCAACACAUUCGCAAUGGGUGUCACAAUUGUUCUUGGUAGCCAGUGGGGUGAUGAAGGAAAGGGAAAGAUUACGGAUAUGCUCGCGCAGGAAGCUACGCUUUGCUGCCGUGCCGCUGGCGGCCACAACGCGGGCCACACUAUCGUUCAUGGCUCUACGACUUAUGACUUCCACAUUCUUCCUUCCGGACUGGUCUCCCCCUCUUGUGUCAACCUCAUUGGUGCAGGAACUGUGGUGCACGUCCCCAGCUUCUUCAAGGAGCUGACGGCUAUUGAGACUAAGGGUCUGACCACCGCUGGAAAGCGUAUCUUCAUCUCGGACCGCGCUCACGUUUGCUUCGAUCUGCACUCUGUUGUGGAUGGCCUGGAAGAGGCUAAGCUCGGUGGUCGCAAGGUCGGCACUACUGGUAAGGGUAUCGGUCCUUGCUAUAGUGACAAGGCUGCUCGUCGCGGUGUCCGUGUCGGCGAGAUCUUGGACGAGCCUCUUUUCGAGCGCAAGCUGCGUUCACUGCAUGCGGGAUAUACUGCCCGUUUCGGCGAAUUGGAUUACGACGUUGAGGAGGAGCUUGCACGUUUCAAGGAGUACCGCCAGCGCCUGGGUCCCUACAUUGUCGACCAAUUGGCCUUCCUGCAGAAAUACAAGGAGGCCUCCAACACUUUGGUUGAGGGUGCCAACGCUCUGAUGCUUGAUCUGGAUCACGGAACCUAUCCCUUCGUGACCUCCUCUUCGACCGGCUUGGGUGGUGCUGUCCAGGCUCUGUCCUUGAACCCCACUAGCAUUACCUCCAUCAUUGGUGUUGUCAAGGCUUAUACCACCCGUGUCGGCUCGGGUCCCUUCCCCAGCGAGCAGUUGAAUGAAUUUGGUGACAAGCUGCAGGGUGUUGGUAAGGAGUUUGGUGUCACCACCGGUCGCCGCCGUCGCUGUGGUUGGUUUGACAUGGUCCUUUGCCGCUACUCGCAGGCCAUCAACCACUACACUGCUCUUAACUUGACCAAGUUGGAUGUUCUGGAUGACUUUGACGAGAUCAAGGUCGGUGUUGCUUAUAUCCUUCCUGACGGUACCCGCACGGAGAACACCAUGCCUGCCGACCCCGAGAUCUUGGAGAAGGUCAAGGUCGAGUACGUUACUCUUCCUGGCUGGAAGACCAAGACCAUGGGCAUCAAGAAGUAUGAGGAUCUGCCUCCCAACGCCCGUGCCUACAUCGAGUACAUCGAGCGCGGUCUUGGUGGGGUCCCGGUCAAGUGGAUCGGUACCGGCCCUGCUCGUGACGACAUGAUCGCCCGCGAGUAGAUUCUGCGUUCUGGUCGUUGAACCGGUUGGUUGUUUUAUUCUCAUCUUCUCGUAUAAUAUCCUCAAGCACCCAGUACCUUUAUUUCUUUUACCAUGUAUGUUUCUAUUCUGGAUGAUUUGUACUAUUGUCUACUAAGGUAAACCGGUAGACGGCUGGGUCGCAGAUAAAUUUAGAGUACAAAAUUUCCACCUCAUAGGCA